AUGAAGAGAAAUUUAUCAACCACUACUAGGUUGUUAAGGUUCAAUAGAAGAGCUACUAUGGAUAAAGCUAAUCUAACUAAAGAAAUGAAACAAUGGUUGGGUCCAAAAAAUAUACUUGGAGAUUAUGUUAAAAAUCCAUAUUUUUAUCCAAAUCAAAAUAAUAAACCAAAUUAUAUUCAAACUCAAAAGAAAAUUUAUGGUAGAGAUUCAACUAUAAAUCCAUUCCCUUUAAAUCAAUAUACUAAAACUAAUUAUAUAAUAAGUGAAGAUUUGAAGGAUAAAAUUUUGGAAGAUGCUACUAAUUUACAUCCGCAAGAAAUUGCUCAUAAAUAUGGUAUAAAUUUACAAAGAAUUGAAGCUAUCAUAAAAUUAAAAUCAAUAGAAAAAGAUUUUAAAGUCAAAGAUGAAUUAGUUGAAGAUUUAAAAAGAUUUUCAACUGUUAUGAAAAAUUAUUUCCCGUUGUUUAAUCAUCAAACAGUUGAUAAUUUAACUGAAAUACCGACAAAAAGAAUAAAUGAUAGAUUUUUAACUAUUGAAGAAAAUGAACCAUUUGGACCAGUUGAUGCUGCUAAAAUAUUGAAAUUAGAACCUGCUGAAACUACUCUUAAAUCAUUAACUGAAUUUAAUUUAGAAGACCAUCAAAAGAAACAACAAGCUUUAGAAGAUAAAAAAGUUUCUGUUGUUUAUGGUAAAAAAAGAGAAGGUGAAAAAUCAGUUUUUAGAUUUACUCAAAAAGAUGUUGGUACUUUUGGUCAUAGAUAUGGUGCUUCAAGAAGAGAUAGAAAGAAAGAUAGAGCAAUUGGUUUUGAUUCUUUAGGUAAAAUGAUUUAUUUACACCCUAAUAACUAA